UCUAAUUUUCCUUCUACUCUACGCUGUUCGUGAGGAGAGCGGGCAAACUAACAGCACAGAUCUCGUCACUGUUUUAGCCUGCGUUCCUUCCCCUCGAUCACUCUAAAUCCUCUCUUCUUCUGCUGCUUCCUCUGCUCCUUCAACGCUUGGUCUCCUCGAUUCGAUCAAUCAGCUUCGUGGAUCAAGUCUCUAGUCUUCGCCGCAGCGAAAAUGCCUGUGAAACUUGAUAUCAAGAAAAAGUUCCUGCAAAGGAGCGAGAGGGUCAAGUCUGUAGAUCUGCACCCGACUGAGCCAUGGAUUCUUGGCGGUCUUUAUUCCGGGACGGUUUACAUAUGGAAUUACCAGACUCAGACCAUGUCAAAGUCAUUCGAGGUUACGGAUUUACCAGUGCGGUCUUCAAAAUUUAUCGCACGCAAACAGUGGGUUGUUGCGGGAGCUGAUGACAUGUGUAUUCGUGUGUAUAACUAUAACACAAUGGACAAGGUUAAGGAGUUUGAAGCUCAUACCGACUAUAUCAGAAGUCUUGCUGUCCAUCCGACGUUGCCAUAUGUUUUGUCCGCAUCCGAUGACAUGCUUAUUAAACUUUGGGACUGGGAAAGGGGUUGGAUGUGCACUCAGAUAUUUGAAGGACAUUCACAUUAUGUUAUGCAAGUAACAUUUAAUCCCAAGGAUACCAAUACUUUUGCCAGUGCAUCGCUUGAUCACACCGUAAAGAUUUGGAACAUUCGGUCUCCUGACCCAAACUUCACUUUGGAAGCCCAUUCAAAGGGAGUAAAUUGUGUUGAUUAUUUCACUGGUGGGGAUAAGCCUUAUUUGAUUACCGGUUCAGAUGAUCAAACAGCUAAGGUGUGGGACUACCAAACAAAAAGCUGCGUGCAGACACUUGAGGGGCACACCCACAAUAUUUCUGCAGUAUGCUUCCAUCCUGAAAUGCCUAUUAUAUUCACUGCUUCUGAGGAUGGUACGGUGAGAAUAUGGCAUGCCACCACUUACAGGCUUGAAACUACUCUGAAUUAUGGACUUGAACGAGCUUGGAGCAUUGGGUAUAUGAAAGGGUUGCGCAGGAUUGUGAUUGGUUAUGAUGAAGGAUCUGUCAUGAUUAAAAUUGGUAGAGAAGUACCAGUGGCCAGCAUGGAUAGUAGUGGAAAAGUUAUCUGGGCCAAGCAUAAUGAAAUACUUACAGUGAACAUUAAAAGUGUUGGAGCAGAGAAUGAGAUUGCUGACGGAGAGAAAUUGCCGUUGGCAGUGAAGGAGUUAGGAGCCUGUGAAAUCUAUCCCCAGAGCUUGAAGCACAACCCAAACGGAAGAUUUGUGGUUGUUUGUGGUGAUGGCGAGUAUAUUAUAUAUACAGCUCUCGCCUGGAGGAAUAGGUCAUUUGGUUCUGCAUUGGACUUUGUUUGGUCCUCAGAUGGAGAAUUUGCUGUCAGAGAAGGACCUACGAAGAUUAAGCUUUUCAGUAAAACAUUUCAGGAAAAGAAGAAUAUUCGUCCAACAUUCACUGCUGAUCGCAUUUAUGGGGGCACCUUACUUGGUUUAUGCUCAAAUGAGUUCGUCUGCUUCUAUGAUUGGGCAGAGUGCCGGUUGAUUCAACGAAUAGAUGUUAACGUCAAAAAUAUUUACUGGGCUGAUAGUGGGGAUUUAUUGGCAAUCCCUAGUGAAUCAUCAUUUUACAUCCUCAAAUAUAAUCGUGAGGUAGUGUCAUCAUACUUCGACAGUGGAAACACUGCGGAUGAACAAGGCAUUGAGGACUCUUUCGAACUCCUGUAUGAAAUAAAUGAAAGAGUCAAAACUGGAAUCUGGGUUGGAGACUGUUUCAUCUACAACAACUCUUCUGCACGCCUCAACUACUGUGUUGGUGGUGAGGUGACCACUAUGUUUCACCUGGACCGGCCAAUGUAUCUAUUAGGAUAUCUUGCUGCUCAAAGCCGUGUUUAUCUUAUUGACAAAGAGUUUAAUGUUGUGGGGUACACAUUACUUAUCAACCUGAUCGAAUACAAGACUCUAGUAAUGCGUGGUGAUAUCGACCGUGCCAAUGAAGUUUUGUCCACAAUUCCUCAGGAACACCACAAUAGUGUGGCUCGUUUCCUGGAUUCUCGUGGUCUGCAGCACGAGGCUCUAGAAGUUGCCACUGACACGGACUACAAAUUUGAAUUGGCAAUACAAUUAGGCAAACUAGAGAUAGCUAAGGAAAUUGCUGAAACGGCACAUAGUGAGAACAAGUGGAAGCUGUUGGGGCAGCUAGCUUUGUCUACCGGAAAGUUAGAACUAGCUGAGGAAUGCAUGCUGAAAGGAAAGGAUUUGAGUGGUUUGUUACUCCUCUAUACUUCUUUUGGAGAUGCAGAAGGAGUCGCAAGACUUGUAUCUCUUGCUAAAGAGCAAGGGAAGAAUAAUGUUGCAUUUCUGUCUUUAUUCUUGAUGGGUAAAGUGGAGGAAUGUAUCCAGCUGUUAGUUGACAGUAACCGCAUACCUGAAGCUGCGUUGAUGGCUAGAUCUUACAUGCCAAGCAAAGUUUCUGAGAUAGUCUCUUUAUGGAAAGAUGACCUAAACAAGGUUAACCUUAGAGCUGCUGAAUCGUUGGCCGAUCCCCAGGAGUAUCCUAAUAUGUUUGAGGACUGGCAGGUUGCUCUUGCUAUUGAAUCCAAAGUUGCCGAGACACGGUGUCCCGUCCGCAGAACCACACAUCUUCCAGCUGGCGACUACUUAACCCAUGCUGACAAGUCAAACAUGAGCCUUGUCGAAAGUUUCAGAAACUUACAGGUUGAAGAUGAGGAGCCAAGCCAAAAUGGCGAUCUAGAUCAUGAGGAAUUUGUUGAGGAUGUGGAUGAAAAUGAAGACGAUGAAGCCGCCGAAGAACCCAUGGAGGAGGGGGAUGCCGACUCAACAAAUGGUGCUGUACUCGUAGAUAGCAACGAAGCGCAAGAAGAAUGGUCUGCUGAUAAAGAAGAAACAUCUUCAGCCUAAAUAGACGAUGGAUUAGGAACGCGUCAAUUUUCCACCUACGAGCUGUUGACACCUACCACCUAUCUUCAAGGCCAUUGGAAAUUGCUCAUCGCCAUGUUGUAAGUCUCCCCUUCUCAUUCGCUUCCUUAGUGGGCAUCCUCAAAGAAAAAAAGUAGAACAGGCACUAUGCCUAAAAGCUAAGGAUAGCCAAGAAAGAUGGAGAAUAGCUGUAUCUAUAGAAAUGUCGAUGAGAUUCUUCCCCUUAUGUUGUGCACCAUAUACUCUUUACCGAAAAUAAUCACUGUUUUAUAGCUGCAUGAGGACAUUGCAUCAGCGCAUGUAAUCAAUAUGUCCGACCUGUUCGAGAGUUGUACCUUAAGUUAGCGAGUGAGUGUUGUUUGCCAUGACCUGUUUUUUCCCUAGAGAAUGCCCGCUUUCCAGCUUCAUCAUUUGUAUCGACUUGAGUUGAUCAUAGAAGUUACAUUCUCCAUUACUGUGAUUCAUUUGGUGUUAAGCGCGGGCUGUUUCCCCCUGGGCACGCGGCACUAAAGUUGUCGAACGAAAUCGAACUACCACGAGCAU